CCGAUCCAAGAUGGCGGUGCAGGAAUCAGCUGCUCAGCUCUCAAUGACUCUGAAGGUGCAGGAGUACCCCACUCUCAAGGUGCCAUAUGAAACACUGAACAAACGGUUUCGAGCUGCGCAGAAGAACAUUGAUCGCGAGACCAGCCACGUCACCAUGGUGGUGGCGGAGCUGGAGAAGACGCUGAGCAGUUGUCCUGCUGUGGACUCAGUUGUCAGUCUCCUGGAUGGAGUCGUGGAAAAACUCAGCGUUCUGAAACGCAAGGCCGUUGAGUCAAUCCAGGCUGAAGAUGAAAGUGCAAAGCUCUGCAAACGCAGGAUUGAACAUCUGAAGGAGCACAGCAGUGACCAGCCAGCUGCUGCCAACAUGUGGAAGAAGAAACGCAUGGAUCGUAUGAUGGUGGAACAUCUCCUGCGCUGUGGCUACUACAACACUGCUGUAAAACUAGCCAGACAAAGUGGGAUUGAGGACUUGGUAAAUAUUGAGAUGUUUCUGACUGCUAAAGAAGUGGAAGAGUCAUUGGAAAGACAAGAGACUAUGACUUGCUUGGCUUGGUGUCAUGACAACAAAUCCAGACUUAGAAAAAUGAAGAGCUGUCUGGAGUUCAGCCUAAGGAUUCAGGAGUUCAUUGAACUCAUUCGACAGAACAAGAGACUGGAUGCUGUGAGACAUGCAAGGAAGCACUUCAGUCAGGCUGAGGGAAGCCAGCUGGAUGAGGUUCGACAGGUGAUGGGAAUGUUGGCCUUUCCUUCAGACACUCAUAUCUCUCCCUAUAAGGACUUCAAGGAAAACAUUUACCAUUGUGGCAAAACAAGCUGUUUCCUUCGAUAUCCAUUGAACAAUCUUAUGUCACUUCACCUUCCACUAGACCAGAUUUCUUGGAGCCAAAUCCAACCUGGCCUUGAACAGUAGAAUCAUUAAAUUUUAAAGGUUGGAAAAGGUCUCUUGAGAUCAUCCAGUCCAACCAUCAACCCCCCCCAGCCCAGAACCACCACUAAACCAUGUCCUCAUCUGCCCUGUCCACAUGGUUUUCUCCAGGCUAAACACGUCCUCAGCUGCUCCUUAUCAGACUUGUGCUCCAGACCCUUCCCCAGCUCUGUGCCCUUCUCUGGACCCACUCCAGCACCUCAGUGUCCUUGUGGGGGGUCUAAAACUGAACACAGGACCUGAGGUGUGACCUUAGCAGUGGCAAGUUCUACAGAUGGAACAUCCACAGCCUCUCUGGGCAGCCUGGUCCAGUGUCUCACCACCCUGAGAGCUUCUUGCUAAUGCCCAAUCCAAGCCUGUUCUCUUUCUGUUUGAAGCCCUUCUCCUUGUCCUGUCACUCCAUGGCCUUGUCACAGGUCCCUCUCCAGAUCUCAUGUAGCACCUUUUGGUACUAGAAGGUGCUGUAAGGUGUCCCCAGAUUGUUUCUCCUAGUUCCCUCGAAGUGUGGCGUGCAGAGUUGACAAUAUGAUCAGUAUAGUAUCUAUAUGAUAAAUAUUAUAUAAAGGUGAAUAAAUAUUGUCACUCCUCCUGACCAAAAUGCAGGUUAUGGAUUCAAAGAAUAAGAAAGAAGGGUGUCUGCCUAUAUAGAUGACACCAAGUUUAUUUUCAAAGCAUCUUAACUUCUUACAUGACUCUUUCACAGCAUUGCUUUUAGAGCUUAGUAUAUCCUUGACCUGUGUGUUUAGUUCUUACUUCCAUGAAGAGAAAAAUCCUGACUUUUAGGUAACAGAGCAUUAAAGAAUUUUCUCUCUAAAUGAGUAGUUUAUGUAAUUGUUUUUUCUCUAACCUGGGGUUGGGCCAGCUUCUUCAGAUUGAAAUCUUUUUAAGAAAUUCUGUAAGUAUUAUGUACUGCAAAUGAUUACCAGCAGAAUUAGCAUGCCUUAAGUUGAAAAGCAGUUCUGACUUUUUGAUGUGAAUGGUUUAGAGGCUGAAAAAGAAACAUUCCACAUUACUAAUGUUGUUUCCUAAGUAGUCCAGUAUUCUAGGAAACAAAAUGGAAGAAGUAACCUGCAUACAUUGAUUAGAACAUUUGGUAGAUGAUAUUGGAGAUUGAAUAUUGCUCCAGAUAUUUCAAAUAAUACUUGUUUUAAUCUGUCUUUUUAAACACUAUGCAUUGGGGUGUCCACUUCUGUUUGGUGAUGGGUUUGUGCAAGUGAGUUUUGCACGAUUUGCCACUCCCAGGCUUUCCCCCCCUGGAAUAAUUAGAUUGAAAGCAACUUAUAGUUGUGUUGUUUUU